AUGCCAGGUGGUAUUCCGGGUGGGUUGGGUGGGUUAGCAAAUCUUGCCGGUGACUCCAAAGAGAAUGAUCCAUUCGCUGGGAUUGAUUAUGGGAAAGGAAAUCCAUUGGAAUCCGGUGGCGCACUCGAUCCUAAAUCACCAACAUCCCCAUUAAAUCCAUCAAAUCCCAACAGCGUCUAUAAUAAUCCUACUGGAAAAGCACCGAACUCUAAUGACCCCAAAUCAUCUGCACCUGCUAAAUCUCCUGCAAAGUCACCGCAACAGCAACAACCAAUGUCUCCUGCACCAGCCGCACAAAGCCAACCUAAAUCUUCUAACUCGCAACCGCCUAAACAAGCGAGUAACGGUGAUCCAGCUAAAACUUCAGCACCUCCAUCAUCUGGUGCCCCAGCAAGUAAUGGAGCAAAAGCUGCUCCAAAAGCACCGCCAGACGUUCGUAAACAACCAUGGCAAGAAAAAGAGAAAGCUUGUAUUUUGGUCAGCGGACCACCGAAUAACACCAUCAUUCAACCGAUGAGUAAGCAACGGAUUUCGUGGAAUCAGUCACCAUGUCAAAUGUCAGCUAGAGUUGUCGGUCAAUUUAAUGUGUUCCUGUAUAAUAAUCUGAAAAUGGUACCAGAUGAAAAAGGCGGGAAAAAACGUGAUUAUACUCCAAAUGGCAAGCUUACUUAUGAUUGGGGUCCAAAAAUUAUUGCCACAAAUCUCACGAAUACUACAAAUAAUUAUGACUGGGAAGUUCCUUAUUUAAAUGACGAACGCAUUACUAAUGCAUCAUUGUUUUAUAUAAGAGUCGAAUCAAUUAGUUAUAGUGGAAUUUUUGGUGCCACCCCUCCACUGGGAGGCACAUACGGGCCUGUCGCCAUUGAACUUCGUGACCCACCGCCAGGAUUCAACGAACAAGAACAGAAAACAUCCGAUGCCGCUCCUGUCGCCAAAGCUUCAACUCUUCCUUCUGCAGCAAUGAGCUUGUUUGGUCAAAAUGUUGGAUUACUUAUUACGAUUGCUUUAAUUUUAUCAGGAAGCUUUUUGCUAAAUGGACAUUAA